CUCUCUCUCUCUCUCUCUCUCUCACUCUCUGUCUCAAAGUUUGGAGUUUGAGUAGAGAACUGAACGAUCCUAAACGUGAACGUGAAGAACCUGGAUUUUGGUUAGAAAAACCCCCUCCUGGAUGUGAUUUUAAUCGGAACUUGAAUCUCUGAGGGGAACCACGAUGUUGAAAAAGAUUUUCCUUGAAAGCGUGAGAAGAUGUGUUUGAUCUUUUGCCUGCAGAGCAAACACUGAAGAAGAAAAAGAAGCAAAACAUUGAAGUCAAAGAAAAAGAAGAAGACCUCAAAGAUGGAGGAAGGCUACGAACUGGACCUGACCUACAUAACGGAGCGCAUCAUCGCCGUCUCGUUCCCGCAGAACUGCUCCGAGGAGACCUACCUGCACAAUCUCAAGGACGUCACUCGCAUGCUCAAGUCCAAACACGCAGAUAACUAUUUGGUGAUCAACCUGUCAGAGAAGAAACAUGACCUGACCAAGUUGAACCCUAAGACGUUAGACACAGGCUGGCCGGACCUCCACGCUCCUCCUCUGGAUAAGAUCUGUACCAUCUGUAAGGCCAUGGAGAACUGGCUGAACAAUGACCCGCUGCAUGUAGUGGUCAUUUACUGCAGGGGAGGUAAAGGCAGGAUCGGUGUGAUCAUCUCUUCCUUUGUUCAUUUCACAGACAUCUCAGCCAGUGCAGAUCAGGCCCUAGAUCGCUUUGCUAUGAGAAAGUUCUACGAUGAUAAAGUCUCGGCCCUGAUGACACCCUCGCAGAAACGAUACGUAUGGAUCCUGAACAGUCUGCUUAGUGGCUCCAUGAAGAUGAACGCCUCGCCUGUCUUCCUGCACUGUAUAAUCCUCCACGGCAUUCCCAACUUCGACAACACCGGGGUGUGUCGUCCUUUCAUCAAGGUGUACCAGGGGAUGCAGGCUGUCUACGCCUCCGGAGUUUAUCACAUCGGACCAGGCCACAGACACAAAGUAUGCAUAGCCCUGGAGCCGGCGCAGCUACUGAAAGGAGAUAUAAUGGUAAAGUGUUUCCAUAAAAGCAGUCCGUCUCAGCGAGAUCUGGUCUUCAGGCUGCAGUUCCACACCGGGGCUGUGCAGGGGUACAGUCUGAUGUUCGAGAAAGAGGACAUGGAGCAAGCCAACAAAGAUCCCAGAUUUCCGGAUUAUGGCAAAGUGGAGCUGGUUUUCUCUGAAGGGCCUGAAAGGAGCCAAGGAGCUGACCUGUGGCAGAACGGUGCUGAUGUUUCGGUGGACUACAGCUCUACAGACUCGCUCACCAGAUGGGACUCGUACCAGGACGUCUGCAACGGGGAAGCUCCUUCCUUGCAGCCCCCGAUUGCAACCCUGGACAAAUUCUCACCUAAACGAAGCCAGGGCAGUACCGUCAUCCUAGGCAGGUCAAACCGAACCACAUCUGUCACCUCCAGCCCUGAGCACAGUGACCACGCUCUUUCAGCGAGCAGUGACUCCGGUCUCUCGAGUGCCUCCCUUUGGACUGAGCGUUGCCCUGUGUCUGGUGGACACAAGUCCUCUGGUCCCAGUGAGCAGGAGAAGGCAGACCUGAAUCGCUUGCUGAGUGGAUUUGGGAUCGAUGAGCCUCGGACAGACGAUGGAAUGGAUUUGACCUUGACAUCUCAGGAAGUCCUACAUCACCCAGUGAAGGUCCACAUAAACGGCAAUUCCCGGCCGAAAGAGCGAGAAACUGACAUCCUGGAUGACGAGGUCCUGAUGUCCGGCCACGACCUGCGCAGUGUGGAUAGUUUGGGGACUCUUUCAUCAUCAUACCACAAAAGCAGCCAAAACUCUCUGCUCUCUGAUGGCUUCUGCAGCCCUGGUGUGAUCGAGGAUGUCCCACAUCACGGCCCAGCAGCCAUGGAAGAAUAUGAGCGAGCAUACGCUGAAACUCGGAGAAACUGCCUUGUCAAGAGAACUGUCUCUGUUCCUGCCACCACCACUUGCAAUUCAGCUUCCAGGGGGCAGCAAUUCCAGCAGGGCACCUACUCCACUCAGACCUGGGUCCGCCAGCAGCAAAUGGUCACGGCCCCGCAUUACUUCUACCUGUCUGAGGAAAGUGGAGUCGAGGAGAACUUUCAAGGGGACAAGCAAGAGAGUUCACCCAAAGUGAUCAGUUGUGAUCAAAACCACACCACCCCGAACCCAACAGUAUCUCCAUGUAGGGAGGGUGAGAAAAGUCAUGAUGAGGAGUUUAACUCCCUUACAGUGGACAUUGAUAACUCUAUUGACCAGCUUAACCAGUUGAUCCUUGACUUGGACCCUACGUUUGUGCCCAUUCCAACACGCACCAAUUCGGUCAAAAGAAAUGGAGGGACUAUGCCUAUGGCUACUACAUGUAACAGCAAGGGCUUGACGCUCAGACUCAAUGAGAACAACAGAAAUCAGCAGACAGUGCUCCCAUCUCCUGGAGAGGGUUUAUGUGCUCUGAGUCGUCAGGGCAGUGAAGUCACAGAACACUCGACAGUGUGUGUGCGGCCGGCCUGGGAAACGGAGGCGGAGUUUGGGGAAAGACUGACGUAUACACACACUGUAGCUCCACCACAGCGAGCUCCAUUGUACCGUGCAGACUCUCUGGAGUAUCGAGGUCUAAGCACUGGACUGGAGACAGGAAGUGACACGGUUCCUUCAACACCAGCCUUUCCCAUCACACCACCCACACCUUAUGUGAAGAGCAUGACAGAGUUCACGCACUUUGCCCAGACGCCAUCUCCCACCAUGCCCAUGUUCGGAGCCUUCAGGACGGAGCAUGAUAUGAGAGCUUUCACUGAUAUUAUGGGACAUGACGAGGGCAGAGUGAACGUGAAUCACAGAGCCUUUAACCAUGCUGCCUCCACUGGAGGAGUGAUAACACAUACAGGCAGCUCAGUCCAGAUGCCUUGCUUAGAAGGGAGUCUACUCAAUCACCACACCUCCAUCAACAGCCAACAUUCUGGUUCCAUAGGCUACAAUGAGAAUUCACCUCCAUUACACCAUCCUCACCCUCACCCUGCCCCCAAUGCCCACAGCUCCCCCCGGGGCAAUCAGAGGACUCGAGUGGUACAGUACACUUUGAACUGCAGCCCAGCACUCAGUUUCGAUGAGGAGUCUGACGGUCCAAGCUACACUCCCCAGCAGCCCCCUCUUCCUGAAAAGAUGCGUGCCUCAAACGACUGUGAGCGUUCUUUAGGUUCUUCGUCUCCAGCACCUAGCGGAUUCUCCAGUCCACACAGUGGAAGCUCGCUCUCUAUUCCCUUCCCUAAUUCACUACCUGAACUGCAAGCCAGAAGCAGUAGUGUCAGCCCUCUACCAGACGUCCUGGUGAGCAAGCAGGUGACUGUAAAGUUCGUCCAGGACUCUUCAAAAUUUUGGUACAAACCAGACAUCGCAAGGGAACAGGCUAUCGCAGUGCUGAAGGACAAAGAACCCGGCUCGUUCAUCGUACGUGACAGCCACUCUUUCAAAGGCGCCUACGGAUUGGCUAUGAAGGUGGCCACGCCUCCUCCUUCUGUGGUGCAGCAGAGUAAAAAGGGUGGAGAUUUAUCUAGUGAGCUCGUCCGUCAUUUCCUGAUUGAGUGCACACCUAAGGGAGUUCGACUGAAGGGUUGCCCCAAUGAGCCUUAUUUUGGUAGUCUGACAGCACUGGUUUGUCAGCACUCUAUCACACCAUUGGCUCUGCCAUGUAAACUCAUCAUUCCAGACAGAGAUCCACUAGAGGACAGUGUUGAAGCAGCACCACAGUCCAUCACCAACUCUGCAGCAGAGCUUCUGAAGCAGGGAGCAGCGUGUAAUGUGUGGUUCCUGGGUUCAGUGGAGAUGGAGUCUCUGACAGGGUACCACGCCGUGCAGAAAGCCACCACAGACCUGCUGAGCUCUGAGCCUGCUCCCUCCUCCACUGUAGUGCACUUCAAAGUGUCCUCACAGGGCAUCACACUGACCGAUAACCAGAGGAAACUGUUCUUCAGGAGACACUACGCUGUCAACACCGUUAUAUUCUGUGCUCUGGACCCCCAGGACAGGAAGUGGAGACGAGACGGAUACCCAUCAGCUAAGAUUUUUGGUUUCGUGGCGAGGAAGACGGGCAACGGCAUGGACAAUGUGUGCCACCUGUUUGCCGAACACGACCCUGAACAGCCGGCCAGCGCCAUCGUCAACUUCGUCUCCAAGGUCAUGAUCGGCUCACAGAAGAACGUCUGACUUCAGUUUGACGUCUUACCCAGGAAAGCUCUAUUUUUCUCCUACAUUUCCUCUGCUAUUGGACCUUACUGAUGACACAAGGUGAGCAUGUGCUAGAUGGCCAUGAACUUUGGAUCUGAGGAGGACGGACUCGUACCAGGAAGCUAAAGCGAGAAUAAAGUGUGCUGCUAAUCAGCUUUACAAUACAACUGUCUGUUCGUUGUCGUGUAUAUUGUAUAUGUAUGUCAUGGUAUCUAACCGAACUGUAUUUAUUAUAUUGUUUGGAUUUGAAUAGUCAGAAUUUCAGGAUAUAAACUCUGUGAUAGUCUUAAGAGUGUGGGACAUUAAACUAUAUGAACAAAACUAUUUGGACACCUGACAUUUUUAGCCGAAUGUGGUUCCUCCCUAAAUUUUAAUUCCUCCCCUCUUCCUUCCUGAACUCGGAGACCCAAACAAUGCAAUUGUGCACAAGCUCCGUGAAGAUCUCCUGCUAUAGAGCUCUAACCCUAUUGAACCAUGAACUAGAAAAAAAAAAUCAAAAUCAAAACUAUAUACCAGGAAAUCUAACUGCACCUCAGAUCUCCUCACCAUUGUCCCUAAAUUGAUCUCCACAAAAUCUAGUGGAACAUCUACCCAGAAAAAUUGAGCUUAUUAUUAACAGUAAAUGUGGAAUGGGAUACUCAAAAAGGAGCACAUACCCAUCUUAUGGUCAGGUGUCCCAAUACUUUUGUCUGUACAGUAGUGUAUAUUUGUUGAUGAUAUAAGUCUUCUCUAGCUUUUCCUUGGAACUUUACUACUGACCAUCUGGAGAUGAACAGCACACACACACACUCAAAGCUGGAACACACACAUAUAUAUAUAAAGAACUCUGUGUGUAGAUAUAAAGGGCAAUCAGGAGUAGUAUUUUAAGCAAUAUGAAUAUUUUUAUGCAGCUUUUAGCUUCUUUUUUUUAUAUAUAUAUUGUUGGUAGAUGAGGGUUUCAUCCAGGCUUUUCUUCUUUUUUAGCUUUCUGAAAUGUACCUAGUAGUUAUGGGUUUGAAAUUCAGUUUCUGAAGCGUGUUAAGUCUCUGGGUUACUGAUUACAAGGUCGGUGGUUGAAGAUAACCAACCACCAAGUUAUAGCAAGGCCCCUAACUUUUUUGCUCCAGGGGCGCUGUAUCAUGGCAGACCCUUCGCCCUGACUCUGGCUUCCUAACAACCUGUAGGGGGGGUGUUAAAGCUAGUUGCAUGUUAGCAUGCUAGUUAGCAUGCUAGUUAAAGCUGCUAGUCAAAGUAUUUGAUAGCGAAUUGUUUAUUAUUAUUAUUAUUAUUAUUAUUAUUAUUAUUAUUAUUAUUAUAUAUAAAUAAAACCGGUCACUAAGGGUAUGAUCAGGAAUUUCACACUUCUAGCUUUAGUUUUUCCUCAGACAUUUCCAUAUUUUUCUGGAAGCUAAUGCCAUCUAAAAGAAUUCAUAAAUUGAUCCAGAAUGUCAAAUUUCAUUCGAGGGUAAAAAAAAACACUUCAUGCUUAUUUCUGCCUAUGCAAGAUACAAGGGCUGAAUGCUAAUUCACGCCCUCGAGGUAUUUUUUUAAGGAUAAUAUUCAGAUUUUAGCUAAAAACUUGGACCAAUAAUGUUGAUGCAAGUUAUUUUUUCCAUGUUUGUUUGAAAGCAUACUAAAAAAAAAAUCCCUGUAUUUUUCUAUGUAAACUUUAAUAUAUUCACUAUCCAGUGGCUUUGUUACACGUGAACAGGAUGCUAAUGUGCCUUCGUUGUUUCUGCGUUUCUUGUUGAUAUAAAAGUUAUAAUCUGAGCGUUUUUUUUUGUGCUCGGAUUGCAGUAUUGUGUACGUGUUAUGUAUAAUCGUUAAUGCUAGGUUAUUUACAGCGUAUCUGCUCAACCAGGUCAUGGACAAUUGUUUAUUUUUGAUGCUGCUUUGUUACUGCGAUUUGAUGUGAUGUGACGGACAUCAUUAACAGGAUUUUAGAUCAGUUCAUCUCUCAGUAAGACAAUAAAACUGAAAAUAUGUAAA